AUGAGAAGAGCAAAGAACCUGUUAAGCUUCGGCUUAAUUUUUCUGCAUGCCCUGUAUGUGAACCUCACCGUGGCGGAUCUCCCAACCCAUGUGGAGAUAAGAAAUUUGGUGGGGAAGUGGAAGAUCCAGAGGACCCAAACAUCUCCAAAGAUAACCACCUGUGGAUCCAGCCAGCCGAACAACAACAUUUUUAAUGUAAAAAUUACCGACUAUAAGAAGUACCUGUUGGACAACCACUAUAAGUUUACGUCCGAAUUGUAUGUCAUCCUGUCCGACGAUUUUGUGUUGUAUGGAGAUAUGCACGACACGACUGGCAAUGAACACCGCAAGAAUUGGAAGGUCCUAGUUGUGUACGACGAGCAUAAGAGGAAGAUAGGCACCUGGACCACCAUUUGUGAUGAGGGAUUUGAAAUCAGGUUAGGAAAUGAAACGUACACUGCUUUGAUGCAUUAUGAGCCCACUGGCAAGUGUGGAGAGGCGAAGGAGGACGACGCGACGGAUUCUAAUGGAGAGACGGAGUGCUACGUCACCAAUUAUAACAAGAUAAGAUUCGGCUGGGUGGAUAUCUCCAACACGAAGGAUGAGAAAUUGUACGGCUGCUUCUACGCGGAGAGGUACCGCGUGUCAGAUGAGCCUGCAAGCGCAGUGGAGGUGAGCCACAACUUUGCCAAGGAAACUACCGCCAACAGCAGUGUCCUGAAGGUGCACAACUUUUUGUACCCCCCGCCCUCCGCCUCGACCUCGAGCAGCAGCGACAAGCCGACCUUCACCAAGAGGAAGAACAUGCAAAUCGACCAGAACAGCGAGCUCUAUUGGCACAAGAUGAAGCACCACGGGAAGAAGAAGCCCAUAACGAAGGCCAUGAUCAUGAAUGCCAAGCAGAGGUAUGCCUGCCCAUGCAAUAAGGACGAGCACGUGCAGAAUGAGGUGAACGAUGGGGAUAACCCGGACCAGCCGGUGUCGCCAGUCUCCCCCGUCUCGCUGAUGCAGCUGGGCGCCGGCAGCGGGGAGGACGGGACGAACGAAAUGGACCUGGAGAACUACGAAGACACGGAGAAGGCCCCCCACCGGGAACUCGAAAUUGACGAGCUGCCGAAGAACUUCACCUGGGGAGACCCCUUUAAUAACAACACGAGGGAGUACGACGUGACAAAUCAGCUUCUCUGUGGCUCGUGCUACAUCGCCUCGCAGAUGUAUGUGUUUAAGAGAAGAAUAGAAAUUGGGCUGACCAAAAAUUUGGACAAAAAAUACCUGAACAAUUUCGACGACCUGUUGUCCAUACAAACGGUCCUUUCAUGUUCCUUCUACGAUCAGGGGUGCAAUGGGGGCUACCCCUACCUGGUGUCUAAGAUGGCCAAGCUGCAGGGUAUCCCCCUGGAUAAGGUGUUCCCCUACACGGCCACGGCGGAGACCUGUCCCUACCCUGUGGACCAGGCUGGCCCGAUGACGACUCCUGCCCCGGGCGCUGCCAACAGGGGUAGCGGUAGCGCGAAGCCGUUGAACAACUUGAGGCAGAUAAACGCAGUGAUAUUUGGCAAGCGAACCACCAACGACAUGCACGAACACUUUGAAAGUCCCAUAAGUGACGACCCAGACAAGUGGUACGCAAAGGACUAUAACUACAUCGGGGGCUGCUACGGAUGCAAUCAGUGCAAUGGAGAAAAGAUUAUGAUGAACGAAAUUUUUAGAAACGGACCCAUCGUUGCUUCUUUUGAGGCUUCACCAGAUUUCUACGAAUACGCUGAUGGGGUUUACUACGUGGAGGACUUCCCCCACGCCAGGAGGUGCACUGUGGACGACACCAAGAGUAACUUCGUAUACAACAUCACGGGGUGGGAGAAAGUGAACCACGCCAUUGUGCUCGUCGGGUGGGGAGAGGAAGAAAUCGAUGGCGCUCUCUACAAAUUCUGGAUCGGGCGAAACAGCUGGGGAAAGACUUGGGGCAAGGAGGGCUACUUUAAGAUAAUCCGGGGCGUCAACUUCAGCGGCAUCGAGAGCCAGUCGCUCUUCAUCGAGCCGGACUUUACUCGCGGCGCGGGCAAGAUCCUGCUGGAGAAGCUCCGAAACGAGUGA